AUGACAGUUACAAUUACAACAGACUCUUCUCUGACUUUUAAUAAGCAAGUCAACAGCGUUGUCAAGGGAAGUUUUUACCAACUUAGGACAAUAGCAAAGCUCAAGUCUUCUCUCUCCUACAGUGAUUUAGAAAUCCUUAUACAUGCCUUUAUUUCCUCUAGGCUUGAUUAUUGCAACUCACUGUAUGUAGGUGUAACUAAAUCUACUCUAAACAGACUCCAGCUGGUCCAAAAUGCCGCAGCCAGAUUACUGACUGGAUCUAAGAAACGUGACCACAUUUCACCUGUGUUGGCUAAACUGCACUGGCUUCCUGUGGAACAAAGAAUUAAUUUCAAAAUUCUUUUGUUUGUUUUCAAAGCUUUACAUGGUUUAGCACCUCAGUAUUUAUGUGAUCUUUUAAUUCCUUACUGUCCUCCUAGACCUCUUCGAUCAUCUUCCCAGUGUCUUCUUUGUGUUCCUUCUGCCUCUCUUAAAUCCAAAGGUGACAGAGCUUUCUCUGUCUAUGCUCCCCAGCUUUGGAAUAGCCUUCCUGAUGUUGUGAAAUCCUCCCCCACUAUUAGUAGUUUUAAAUCUAACCUAAAGACCUACCUCUUCUCCCUAGCUUUUAACACUCCCUGA